AUGCGGCUUUUCGUGAUCGCCGUUCUGGCCCUAGGUUCCGCAAGGGCCUUCUCUGUGAUCCGCACCCAGCCCCAUCCGCAGCUGGUGGCCUACGCCCCGGCCAGAGGGGAGUUCCCCGUGGUGAGUGCUUUGGCCCAGGGCUACGUCCGCUACUACGAUGGCACGGGAGCAGAGCGACUGCUGCCCUACAGCUACCCGGAACCGCUGAACGGCAUCCGGGAUCUGUCCACCUCCAGUCUCGUCCGCUCCGGCAUGGAGCAGGAGAGCCAACAGGUCGCCCUGUUCCGUGCCUGGUGCGAGCAGCGCUACCAGGCCAUGCGCCUGGAACUGGAUCGCCUGAAGGCCCAGGGCCAGAAGCCAUCGGCCAGCAUGCUUGCGCAGUUUGAGCCUCUGGAGCAGAUCGUCAAGUUUUCCGCCUUCGAGGCCGUUCCCGGUCUGUCCCCGGAGGUCCAGCGUGCCCGAGAUGAGCAGUUACGCAUUUGGAACGAGGCCAGGCUGGAGGUGCUGCGUGCCGAACAGGCUCAGCAGCUGCUCGGCCAGUCCCCGGAGUACCAGACCAAGACGGAGAAGAUCCAGCCUCUGCAGCAACAGGUUGUUCCCAUCCAGGAGAACGUACUGAUCAAAACCGCCACUCAGUACGCUCCUCAACCCGUCGAGGAGACGCCGGAAGUGAAAUUGGCACGCCAGGAACACCAGAAGCAGUUCGAUGAGGCCCUCCUCCGGCAGCCUGCCCAGGAAUCCAAUAUCCUUAAAACCAUUCCUGGAAUUCAGCAGCCAAUCACGACCCAGCCUCAGCCGAUCAUCAAGACCGCGACAACCACCUUUGAGACCCCUGCAGCUGGCCAACCCCAGGGCAUCUUCCAGAGGGGCAGCUUCACAGAUCAGCAGACCCCACAGCCCAUAGGCGAAACUCCAGAAGUGAAGAAAGCUCGCGAGGAGCACCUUAAGUUAUUCAAUGAGGCCCUGCUCCGUCAACCUGCUGCCACCGCAGAUCCCAUUCUGAAGAACACGCCUACCAAGCACGAUCAGUCCCAAUCCUUCACCUUCCCAGAAAACAAAGGUCCUCAGCCUAUCCAGGAAACCCCAGAGGUCCUGCGCGCUCGGGAGGAGCAUCUGAAGCAGUUCAGCGAGGCCAUCCUGCGACAGUCAGUCGAAGUCCAACAGCAGCCACUGACUUCCACCGCGCCCAUUUUAUCUUUCGCUCCCCAGGCCAUUCUUAAGAGCCCCAUUGCCGAGGCACCGCAACCCGUCCAGGACACUCCGGAGGUCAAGCUGGCCCGUGAGCAGCACCUAAUGCUCCUCAAUCAGGCAAAAGUCCAGGCCGAGGACAAGGUGGCCGACAUUGCGGACAUGAUUCGUCUGGAGGAGCGCGAGCGGGAGAAGGAGCGUUUGCAGGAGCUGGAGCUGCGCAAGCAGGAGGAGAAGGAAGCCGAACUGGUCCGCCAGCAGGAGGCAGAUCGUCUGCGCGAGGAAACUCGCAUUAUGGAGGCCGAGCGUAUGAAAAUCGAGCAAGAAGAUCGCCUCCGGUUGGAGAGUGAACAGCAGGAGCUGCUCCAGUUGAAGGCUAACUCCAUCCCCGUUCCCGAGAAGGACACUCCCGAGUACCUGCGCAAGGCGGAGCAGUUCAAGAUCAUCAACAACCAGGUGCAGCCCCAGCAGCAGCAACCCAACAUCGUGACCCAGCAGCAGCAGGUGCAAAAUGGCUUCUUCCUGCGCAUCCAAACCAACCAGCCAUCCACCGCACCAGUGAGCACUCCUGCCCUGCUGCUUCCCGAGACGGGCUCCAAUCCCUUCCUGGUCCGAUACACCACCAAGCCAGCAGAGGUGCAGCUUCCUCUGCAGGCGCUCCAGCCUCUACCCACGCCCAUUGCCUCCGUACUGAAGCAGCAGAUUAGCUACAGCUCCACGUCCCCCAGUGAACUGGAGAAAGCCACCCGGGAGCACUUCCGCGCCCACGAGAUCGCCCUGGAGCAGCUACGACUGGCCAACCUGAGGAACCCCUGGACUCCAGACUGUCAGCACUAG